CAUUGCUUUAUUUCCGCGCUUUCAUAGCUUUUCUCGCCAAACAAAACAUCCAAACACGAAACUGGGACCCAUUUUUUUUAUUUUUAUUUUUUGAGCUUCAAGCUUCCCAGAAUUCAGAGUUCCCUUAGCUUCCCUACCCCUCUCCUAUUUUUCCUUUUGUUUUUCUCUAAAAAGCAACAACAGAUGCUCUCUGGGUUUUAACUUCUUUCUGCUCAAUUUCUGUCAAGCUGAAGAAGUACCUUUUGAGGUAAAUUAUAUAAGGGCAUUCAACAUUUUGUAAACAGACGAGAGAGAGGUACUGGUUCGUGGAGGUGGUCGGGCUUCUUCGAGCUUAGCUUCCUCUCUCAUUGCCCUUUCCUAGCUUUGGAAGUUUUUUUUUUUUGUUGAGGCAUAUAUAUAAUCAGUACAGUUGAGCUUUAAUGACGAGGUUGUGUGGAGAGUUUUAACUGAAGGGAAAAGAUUAAAAUUUAACAUUAUGGGUUCUGUUUGUUGCUGCUUGCGCCCUGAGGAUUUUGAGGACUAUAUGAAUCCGAACAGUAACAUAUAUAGAAAUUGUGUCUGCCUCAGUUGCUUUGUUCAGAACUUCUUACAUGUGUAUUCCACAUUGUUCCGAAGAGGGGAAUUGCCUUCUAUCCCUUCAUCUAUUCAAGGGACAGGAUCUGUUAUCUCUUCUGCGUCUCUAGACAACUCACUUUCUGACAUGUACCAAUCUCCUCCAAGGCCCUUGCCUUAUGAUGCUGACACUAGAUAUUUCCGCUUGCAACGUGGUCUUGUUUCAAGACAUGAGAAGGGUUCAAGUCAUUCACAUGAAGAAUCAGAGCCUUUAAGAGCUCAAAAUGAUGCAGAUUCAGGAUCUUUGAGUACAGAGGGAAAAUGGAAUGCCUUUGAACAAGGCUCAAAAGAGCAGCAUUCUAAAUCCUCACAGAAACUCUCAUCAGAAAAAGCACCAGUUGGAAUUGGGUACAUCUAUUCAUCGUCCGAAGAAGAGGAGGAUGUCUGUCCAACUUGUCUUGAAGAAUAUACUCCAGAGAAUCCCAAGAUAAUAACAAAAUGUUCCCACCAUUUCCAUCUUGGUUGCAUUUAUGAAUGGAUGGAGAGAAGUGAAAACUGUCCUGUCUGUGGAAAGGUUAUGGUGUUCGAUGAAACGACUUAAUCUUUGUUCGAAAGGUUUUGUUGUGGAUGAAAACCAGCAGAAGACAGAAGGAAAAAAG